CGCCCUUACCCGGCGCCCACAGCCCGCCCAGGCGGAGUCAGCCCGCGCUCCGCCCGCCGCGAUCCGGGCUCGGAGGUCCAGACUCCGGGCUCGCCGCCUCCCGGGCCGGCUCCGCGCCCCGCACUCUCCGCGUCCCGCGCUCCCUGCGCCCCGGCGGGCGGAGGGCACCAUGCCGCAGCUGGACUCCGGCGGGGGCGGCGCUGGCGGCGGCGACGACCUAGGAGCGCCCGACGAGCUGCUGGCCUUCCAGGACGAGGGCGAGGAGCAGGACAAGAGUCGCGACAGCGCCGCGGGCCCUGAGCGCGACCUGGCCGAGCUCAAGUCGUCGCUCGUGAAUGAGUCCGAGGGCGCGGCCGAAGGCUCUGGGAUCCCGGGUACCGGCGCCGGAGCACGCAGCGAGGCCGAGGUCGGGGCCGAGGCUCUGGGACGGGAGCACACUUCGCAGAGACUUUUCCCGGACAAACUUCCAGAGUCUCUGGAGGACGGCCUGAAGGCCCCGGGGUGCUCCAGCGGCAUGUACAAAGAGACUGUCUAUUCCGCCUUCAAUCUGCUCAUGCACUACCCACCCGCCUCAGGAGCAGGGCAGCAUCCCCAGCCGCAGCCUCCACUGAACAAGGCCAAUCAGCCAACCCACAGUGUCCCCCAACUGUCUCCUCUCUACGAACAUUUCAGCAGCCCACACCCCACACCUGCACCUUCGGACAUCAACCAGAAACAAGGAGUUCACAGGCCUUUGCAGACCCCUGACCUCUCUGGCUUCUACUCUCUGACCUCAAGCAGCAUGGGACAGCUCCCUCAUACUGUGAGCUGGCCCAGCCCUCCUCUCUACCCCCUGUCCCCUUCCUGCGGAUAUAGACAGCACUUCCCUGCCCCCACUGCAGCCCCUGGCACCCCCUACCCCAGGUUUACCCACCCAUCCUUGAUGCUGGGCUCUGGUGUCCCUGGUCACCCAGCAGCCAUCCCUCACCCGGCCAUUGUGCCCACCUCAGGGAAGCAGGAGCUGCAGCCCUAUGACCGCAGCUUGAAGACACAAGCAGAAUCCAAGGCAGAGAAGGAGGCUAAGAAGCCAACCAUUAAGAAGCCCCUCAACGCGUUCAUGCUGUACAUGAAGGAGAUGAGAGCCAAGGUCAUUGCAGAGUGCACACUCAAGGAGAGCGCCGCCAUUAACCAGAUUCUAGGUCGCAGGUGGCAUGCACUGUCAAGGGAAGAACAGGCCAAGUAUUAUGAAUUGGCCCGUAAAGAAAGGCAGCUGCACAUGCAACUAUACCCAGGCUGGUCAGCGCGGGACAACUACGGGAAAAAGAAGAGGCGGUCAAGGGAAAAGCAUCAAGAAUCUACCACAGGAGGAAAAAGAAAUGCAUUCGAACUGCUUGCUAGCCCAGUGGAGUCGGCACCAACAUCCCCACGUCUCUCCACUAUUCUCAGUCUCCCUGCCCCUGGACCACCACAGGCCCCUCACAGCACCCUGCAGAACACACAAGUACAGCAACAGGAAUCUCAGAGGCAGGCGGCCUAGCAUGCACAGGACUCCUGGCCUCCUCCAGAGGCCUAUCCCUUUAGAGAAAGCAGAAGAAGCCCCAGUCAUAUGGAAACUGGCCAGCAGCCCUCCCAAUACUCCAUGUAGGGUCCAUGCCCUGAAGAUUUCAGAGGCUGAACAACUUCUGCCUGAACGUGAAGCCAUCAAUUCAAACUUCUCAAGUGGUGGGACCAUAUUAAUGCCAGUGUGUCGUCUCAUUAAGGGAAUCCUGAUUCCUGUGGCAGCCUACAUUGUGGUGUCCCCCACCCCGCUCCAAACCAUGUGCUUUACUAGCCAGAUACCCUUGUCUCCCUUGCUUUUCUGCUAUAGGUCACAGAAGGGCAGGACUAAGCUCAGCUACAUUCUCUACAGAAAUGCCUCAUCCGUCCUCCUCUGCCACACCCUUCCCACACCAGACACUUCCAUGGAUCAAGAAUAACCUGUUUUAUCAAACAUCAUCUGAGCAUGAUCACAACCACAAAGCUCAAGAUGACUAUGCUUCUCCAAAGGGAAUGGAGGAGCUGUUUACAGAAAACCAGCUGCUCUUCAUAAGCUGGACCAGAGGAAGCCUCUUAGUAUAUUCUCAGGAGCUUAGAAGAGGAGGAGGGAAUGGAAUAGGUUUAGGCCUAACAACUUAUCAGGCAAAUGCGGGUUCCUGAGCAACUUAAGAAACCCUGACACCAAAGCUCAGGCACCAGGUGAUGCAGGCAAAUAGUUCAAAGAAGUCAUGGCCCAAAUCUAGUAUGUAUCCCUCUCCAUUCAGUCUUUUUUUCACAGUUCCAUUUCCAGCUCAUCCAUGUCACUUGAGCCAGCUCUUGGGCAAUUUAAGAGAGUAAACCCAAAACCUCCUCCAAUAGCCAGAGCUUGCCUUCUAGCAUUCAGACCAGGCCAGCUUGUUUUUUUCCCUUUGGGGCUGAAGAGGACUGUUAAAACUAAAGGAGCCCAGAAACCUCUAGUGGUGGACAUAGGUUUUCACCACAGCCUACUUUAAUCAAUUUUUGAGCCAAGCUUCAACCCUGAGCCUUGAGAAACAAGUCUUUUAUUUUAAUUUAACUUUUUUUUUUUUCCUUUUGCCUUCUCCUCAUUGUACAUAGCCUGAAUCCAAAGAAAAAGGGCUGUCUGUGUACUCAUAUAUACCCUUACAAAAAGCCUUUAGUUACAUACUUUAGCCACUGGUUUCUCGGAAUCCAAAGAUCACCUAUUCUUGUGUAGUGUUGCAAAAAGUCUUGAGGAAAAAGGACCAAUGUAGUGUUCAAAAUAUUUUUGUAUUGUUAAUGAAUCAUCAAAGAAAAACUUUUUAAAACAUGAGAAUAAAGAUACUUUUUACUGGA